AUGCGCCCUAUUCCGUGGAGGAAGAAAGCUACUUACAUCAACGGCCAGGGCGAAAUCACAAAGGAUGCCAUCUAUCUCGACGCAGAGCGGCGAUUCCAGGAGCUUGAAAAGGAGACGAAGAAGCUGCACGAAGAGUCGAAAAAGUACUUUGAAGCCAUAAAUGGCAUGCUCUCUCAUCAGAUCGAGUUUUCCAAAGCCGUCGCCGAGAUUUACAAACCCAUCUCUGGACGAAUGUCUGACCCUGACUCCUACCUGGACGAAGGCAACACCGCUGGCAUAGAAGCUUGCGAGCAGUACGAGGCUGUGGUUCAGGAAUUGCAGGAAACACUCAAGCCCGAAUUGGAGAUGAUUGAGUCGCGGGUGAUCCGCCCAGCGGACGAGCUACUCGACAUUAUCAAGGCGGUGCGCAAGAUUGCUAGCAAGCGCGACCACAAGCAAUUGGACUACGAUCGCCACAGGGCCACUCUUAAGAAGUUGCAAGACAAAAAGGACAAGACACUGAAGGACGAGAAGGCGACAUACCGCGCCGAAGCCGACGUGGAGCAGGCAACCCAGGACUACAACUACUUCAAUGAUCUCCUCAAGGACGAGCUGCCGAAGCUCUUCUUGCUAGAGCGAGAGUUCAUCAAGCCACUCUUCCAAUCCUUCUACUACAUGCAGCUAAACGUUUUUUACACACUCCACGAGCGCAUGCAACGGCUCGACAUUGGCUACUUUGAUCUGACACUCGAUAUUGAGGCGGCAUACGAGAAGAAGAGGGGCGAUAUACAAGAGCAGGUCGAGAAGCUCUCCAUCACAAAAUUCAAGACGACUGGCGGUCGUCCUGCCGGCGCCCGACCAGGGCAGUCCAAGUACGCCACCAAGGCCUUGGAAGCAAAGGGAGGGCGUUCGUCGAUCUCUUCAGAUACAGAAACUCCGCCACCGCCAUAUAGUCCUGGGCCAGCCGGAGCUGGUGGAGCCGUUGGAGACGUCAAAUCACCUGCCAUGUCCUCGGGCUCGUGGGGCUCAGCCGCAAAGGCCAAGGGUGCUGCACCUCCCCCGCGAAAACCGAAGCCAUCACGACUGAGUGGCGUUCCAGCGGCCGAGACUGUGACAGCACUCUAUGAUUAUGAGGCACAAGCCGAAGGCGACCUGAGUUUCAUCGCUGGCGAUGUCAUAGAGAUUGUAUCGCGGACGCAGAAUGAUAACGAGUGGUGGAUCGGUAAAGUUCGAGGAAAGCAGGGGCAGUUCCCAGGGAACUAUGUCAAAUUAAAUUGA